AUGACAACAACUACUAAUACUACAACUGAAGACUGUGGUAGUACAACAUUAACUGAAACUGAUCAAUUAGUUCGUCCACGUUCACCAACACUUAUACUUGAAUUACAUCGUCCAAUAGAUACAGGUCCACGAGUUCAUUGGUCAGAAGGAACAAUUGAUAAUGAAUAUAUGAAUAAAAAAAAGUCCAAAUGUUGUUGUAUUUAUACAAAACCACAUGAUCCACAAUCGAAUGAUGAUAAAAUAACUGAAGUUGAUGAAUAUAAUAAUUGUCAACAUUGUCGAUAUCAUACACAAUCAGAUUAUGCUGCUAAAUCAGAAGAACGUCAACCAAGAAUUAAAUUAAGUGUUGGUCAACCAAAAUAA